AUGGUUACAAGCGGCGCCAUGAUUGGUGUUGUGUUGAGGAUGCUGCCGUCUGAUGCUGCCGUCCAGGAGAAUACACCGUUCCCAUUAUACAACUCGACUUGCCAAAACCUAGUUAGCAGCAUUUUUCUCCUUCGCCAUGUCCAUCAUGGUGCCACCGUCGACUUUCAACCUGCCGUCAAUAGGCUCGUCAUGGUUUCCGUAUACCUUUGA